AUGGCGAGUCUGCUUUCAUUGCAUUGUGUUGCCUAUCUGAGGAUAUCCGGAUUUCAUUUAAGAACUGCUGCUCUGGGCAUCAAUAAGCGAAACUACAGCAGCAAAAAGGAGUUUUCAACCGAGUAUUUGAGCCAAAGUGAAGGACCAUCGAUGCAUUACCAGAAUAGUUUACCCAGACUACCCAUACCAAAGCUGGAGGAUACUGUCAGGAGGUAUUUAGCAGCCCAGAGGCCUCUGUUGGAUGAUGAACAGUUCAGAACAACAGAGAAAAUUGCACAUGAUUUCCAGAACGGUGUGGGGAAACAGCUGCAGGAGGAACUGGUAGCUCAGGACAACAACAAUACACACACAAGCUACAUCUCAGGGCCAUGGAUGGACAUGUUUCUGUUUGAACGCAAGUCUUUGGUGCUGAUCAACCCCUUCCUGCUUCUUAAUCCUGACCCCAAGACCGAGUACAAUGACCAGCUUGUGCGGGCGACCAAUGUGGUGUGUUCAGCAGUGCGCUUCAUGAAAACACUGCAAACUGGAUUACAGGAACCAAAGGUUUUCCACCUCAACCCGGCAAAGAGUGACACAAACUGCUUUGAAAGCUUCAUCCGCUCAGUCCCAUCUUCUCUGUCUCAACCCCUGGACAUGUCUCAGUACUUUCGCCUCUUCAACUCAACUCGGAUCCCCAAGAGGGGUAGAGAUGAGCUCUUCACAGCCGAGAAAGCGCGACAUCUCCUAGUGAUGAGGAAAGGCCACAUGUAUGUGUUUGACAUUGUAGACAGGGAUGGGAAUUUGGUGAAGCCUGCUGAGAUUCAGUCCCACUUGAAGUUCAUUUUGUGCGACCCAACGCCAGCAGCUGCCUUUCCUCUCGGGGUCCUGACCAGUGAGAACAGGGAUGUGUGGGCCGGACUGAGGGACAAGCUGAUAGCUGCUGGAAACGCAGAAGAUUUACGGAUUGUUGACAGUGCGCUUUUCUGUCUCAGUCUGGACGAUGAAAGCAUGAGGGACAACAUCCACAUCUCCCACAACAUGCUGCACGGCGACGGCUGUAACCGGUGGUGGGAUAAGUCCUUCACAGUCAUUCUGACCAAAGAUGGACAGGCAGCCAUCAAUUUUGAGCACUCCUGGGUCGACGGCUUACCUAUUCAUAGCUUUCAAAAGGAAAUCUUCAAAGACACGACGGAGCAGCCGCUGGUACACCCGGGCUCCGCUGCUGCUGCUGUGGAUUCAGCCUCUGCUGUGCGCAGACUGCAGUUCCACCUGGACAGUGAGCUGGAGAAUGGCAUCAAAAAAGCCAAGGAGAACUUUGACUCAAUUGUAUCAACACUCACCAUUGAUCUCUUGGAGUUCAAGAAAGGUGGCAAGGCACAGUUAAAGAAGAGCAAGUUGAGUCCAGAUGCUAUAGCACAGCUGGCUUUUCAAAUGGGUUUCCUGAGGCAGUAUGGACAGACAGUCCCAACACAUGAGGCCUGUAGCACUGCAGCAUUCAGGCAUGGCCGCAUAGACACCAUCCAGUCAACCACCAUACACACAAAACGAUGUUCACACGCCUUUGUUUACCAGCCAGGACAACACAGUGUGAAACAACUACAGACCAUGCUGAGUGAAUGCUCUAAUUAUCAUCGGCAGCUCAUCAAAGAAACAGCUAUGGGACAAGGGUUUAUCUGCCACCUGCUUGCCCUGCAACAACUUGCCAAUUCAAAGAGCGAGUUUCUGCACAGCUUCUACACAGACCAAGCUUACACUGCAUUCAACCUGCCUAUCAUCGAUACCAGCACCCUCAACAGUGAAGUUAUGAUGCUCGGUUGCUUUGCCCCGUUUGUGUAUGAUGGGUUUACUGUUGGCUACAAUGUCUUUGACGACCGGAUCUUUUGCAGUGUUACCAGCUUCCUGACUCGCAACGUCCAUGAAUUCGUGCAGUGUGUCCACAAGUCCUUAGAGGACAUUUUCAGUGUCCUGGAAGGAAAGACACUCACCUAA